UUUUAGAAUUUUAAAUUUCUGUAAAAUAUCAUCAUCAUGUCUAAAGGCAAAGGACCUUUGUCUGCAUUGUAUAAUGCUGUAAUCAAUUCGGUGGAUGUAAUAGUGCCCCAAGUAGCGCGACCAUUUUGGGAAUCUCCUGCAGGUCCAAAAACUGUAUUCUUCUGGGCCCCGCUUGGCAAAUGGUCUCUUGUCCUGGCCGGAUUGGGUGAUCUAUUAAAUCGACCUCCUCAAAUCAUAUCUGUAAAUCAAUCGGCUGUAUUGGCAACAACUGGAUUACUUUGGUCCCGAUAUUCCGUUGUCAUUAUACCCAAAAACUAUAGCCUGCUUGCAGUCAAUUUUGUUGUAUUUCUUACACAAGGAUGGAUGGUCGUCAAGGCGAUGAAAUGGCGCAGAGACAAUGCCAAAAAUGCAGUGUUUAAUCAUUCAUAUUUUUUCAAUCGAAGACGUGGUGAUUGGUAGAUACAACAAUAUACAAUAACCUUUGUAAAAAAAAAUUUUAAAAAUAAGACGAGCUUUU